GGACCCGGAUGAUAAUCAUCAUCAGCAUCAUAAUCAUCACCAUCAUAAUAACAAUAAUAAACAUAAGCAUAAUCAUCACAACCAUCUAGUCUCAAUGGCCAUCACCGAUAAUAAAUUACGUCGACAAUUUGACGCAGUUAAGGCCUACUGGGACGAGAUAACAGGACGUAAUUAUCGUUAUAUUGAUCCACUUGUCAUAAGACACCGUUCAACAACACAGCAACCGCUGCAACAACAUAUUUAUCAGCAGUUACAUAAUAAUAAUAAAAAUCAUAAUAAUAAUAAUAACAACAAUAAUAAUAAUAAUAAUAAUAAUAUUAAUACCAACAAUAAUAACAACAACAACAAUAAUAAUUAUUAUUAUCAACAUCAAUUACAAUUACAACAACAACAACAUCAACAUCAGCAGCAACAUCAACAUCUUCAGCUACAGUAUCAUCAUCCGAAAAAACUAGGUUUGUUCAAUAAUAAGAGCAAACCCUUAGGGACAGCACAAGCCAGUAAAAAAGUCCACCAGCAGUUUCUGAGGACAAAUAAUAAGGUGUAGUUUAUUUGGAUUAAGAAAAUUAAACAAGUAUUAGGUGUGAAUGAAUUUAUUAUUAUUUAUUUUUUUCUCUUUAUUUAAAAAUAAUUAACUGAACGUAUGUUAAUUAAUAAUAAUAAUAAUUAAAUUAUUGAAGUGUUAAAUACAAUAAACGAUACUUUAUAUAAUUAUAAUAUACCUAUAUGUAUUUGGUAAUUUUAGUAUCGUUUAUUGUUGAUAAUACGAGCUUUUAAAGAGCUCUAUAAAAGACUUACAGCAUUGUUAUCCAGCAAGUUUUUUUUUUUUUUUAAAUUAAAAUAAUGCGUGAGAGAUAAAGAAUAGUAAGAAUGAGAAUAAGCGAAGAAAAAAUAAUUAGCAAGUAAUAAAAUUAAAGAUAAGAAAAUAAGAAGAAUAAAAUAUCUUGAUGAUGAAUAGAAGGAGUAUUAAGAAACGCGUGCUGUGAGUCAUCGACUGUGAGUACCAGAGAAAAAUAAAACUAAAUAAUUAAAGAAAAAAUGAAACCGGGCCAGUUAAUUGAAAGAGAAAAAAUUAAAUAUUUAAAUAAUAAAUGAUAAUACUGUUUUGUCAGUGCGUAUUUUUAAAAAUAUUUUAAAUCGCACCGCAAAAGCGAGACAACGGAUGAUUUAGUAUGAUACUAAUUGGGUGAAAUAAAUAGUUGAAGAUUUAAUUGAAGACAAGAUAGUUAUUAAUUUAACAAAUUAAAUAAGAAGAAAAAAUAAUAAAAAUUUAAUUUAUAAAAUAAACGAACAAAAAAAAAGUAAAAAACGUCUUAUGAUCCUGUGGUUAUUUGCCAGCUGCGUAUUAUACUGUACAUAUUAUUAUUUAUGUAUAUGUACUAUUACUGGUAAUAAUAAUAAUAAAAAAAAAAAUAAAUAAAUAAAUAAUAAACAGAGUGAGAGAAAAUAAUAAAACGCGGGGGCUGGAGGUUCGUUAGGAAUUAAUAUGAAAUUGAUUAAGUAAUCAAGUUAACAAAAGCAAAAUUGUAGCCGUGAUCUUUCUUGUAACAUAUAUAAUACUAGUAUUAUACGCUAGCUUAAGGAUGUACAGAGUAUGCUUUUGAUUUAUUCUUUAAAAAAGAAUAAAUAAAGAUAAUAAAUAAUAAUCUAAAAGUAUAACAGAUAAAUAAAAAGACUUCAUUAUUAAAUAAUAAAUAAAUAAAAUGACUCUAUGACUUAAUAAUAUAUAUAUUAUAUUAUUUUACAAUUAUUUAAAGAUGUAAUACAUUAGCAUUUACUGUACUUCCUUUUACACAAGCGUAAUACCCAACGUUAUACAUACUCGUUUAUGUAUAAGUUUUAGAUUAUUAUUGUAAUAAUAUUAUUAUUAUUAUUAAUUUAUUAUUAAUAAUAAUAAUAAGAGUGAGAAAGAAUUUUUAGCGAGAAAGUGAUGAUAAUUGAAUGAUGAAAAAAAAAAGAAAACAAUUUAAUCAUAAGAACAAUCUAAAUUAAUAAAUAAAACAAGAGAUUUAAGUACACAAGUGAAAAAAUAAUUCAAAAUAUAAUAAAUGAAUUUUUUAAAAUUUAAUACGUAAUGAGAGUUUAAAAUAAAUAACUUUAAAUUCAAUAAAUUAGAACUUAAAUACUAUUGAAUAAUUUUUUCAUGUGUAAAAAAAAAAGAAAAAAAAACAAGUAAAUUUAUAGAAUAGACGUCUGAUGUUAUUCACAGAUGCUAUUUUAUAAUAAUAAUAAUUAACAUAAUAAUUGCGAUGAGUAAAUUAUAAUUAAGCGAACGUGAAAUAAUUUAGGGAAGUUUAAUAACGAAAAAAUUAUAAUAAUGCAAAAGUAAAUAAAAUAUAUAGAUUAAAAUGAUAAUUAUAAAUUUCAUAAUAGAAUCAACUCCAUAAAUAGGCCGUGAAUUUAUGAUUAAAUUUUUUUUUUUUCUUUGGGUCGGGGCUCGCACAUAAAUAAUAAAUAAAUGAACUUAAAAUUUUUAGUACGAAUGAAAUGAUAAUUAUUAACUGAUUAUUUUUGAGGCAACCGCGCGGCCGAUAUGUACUUAAUUAUUGUACUACAAUAUCCAAUUAAAUAAUAAUUUUAAAAAUCCAACGGGUCGAGAUUCUAAAGUUUAUAAAAAUAUAUAAAUAAUAACGUGUUUUAAAACUUUAUUUAAUAAACUCAUUGUUGGCCGUCGAUGGUACGUAGCUGUAAAAAAAAUAAUAAUAAUAAUUCCGAACAAAAGCGCACCGGUAUCUGCACUAAAGAAUGAAAAAGAAAAAAAAAAUUGCAGAUAUUUUUUAAAGUUGUCAAGACAUUUUUUGUAUGUACUAUUUUACUGAUAAAUAUUUAUUAUAAUUAUUAAUUAAUUACUAUUAAUUAUUAUUGAUUAAUAUUAAAUAAUUAAUUUUUUCUGGGCGAACAGUCUUUACUAUUAAAUUAAUUACUAUUAAA